CAUGGAGCUGCCAUUGCUAGUAUCUCCAGCUGCAGCGCCCAACACUAGGAUCCAAAGCUAGCUAGCUAGCUAGCUAGAGAAACACUACUCUACAGUCCUUUGUCUCUGCCUUCGUCUCUCAACUCCAGCCUCUGCUUGACCGUUGUAGUACGUACACAAAGCAAUGGAGCACAAGGGGCAGCUUCAGCCGGAGAAGAAGAGUGCCCAAGAAGAAGAAGAAGAAGCCAUGGCGAUGGCGGCCUCGUCUCCUUCCUUCUUCUUCGCGCACCCCUUGUCUCUACUGCACCACGUCACCCGCGGCUUCGCCGGGUACAUGGGCCUCUCUCGUCUCUGCCACGCGCUCAAGGAUCUCAAGCCUCGGGCCGCCACUUCUUCCCGGCUGCAUGAGCAAGGGCCCGGAGCAGGAGGCGCUGGACAUGCUGCAGAUGAUGGUUGCGCGGCCGUCCAAGUGCGGUCGAGAGGGGUGCCUCAGAGGCCUCGUGGUCCAAGAGAAGGACGAGGAGGAACACACCACUAGGCUUAGGCUUAGCAUAGUCUGCAAUUGUAGGCUAUAGCGUUAACGCCCAUGGGGAAUUGGCUGCGUGUGUUCUUUCUGGAAAUCUGAAUUCAGAGCCUUAGAGUGAGUGCUUCCAUCUCUUCCUGUUCUUUUCAGAAUACAAGUUUCAAUUCCAGGCCGGGCAUGUUGUUUACGUUCCUCACUUCAGCUUACAAAAUGCUAAUUUAGUAAGCAAGGAGCUGUUCCUGUUUGUA